AUGCCAUUGUGCGAUCUUUGCCAGUCGGUCGACGUCCUCGACAUCCCUAAGCUACCACCCGAUUACAAGAUCCAUACUGUCACUCGACGCGACUACCCGUGCCUAGUCCAAAUCAGUAGCCAAACUCUCAGGGACCUCUGGAAGAACAAGCAAGACUGUCCACAGGAUCAAGAACCUAUCGGCAUACCCUUCCACCAAUCUAUCGAUGACCUCGAAAACGCCGCUGCCGAUGAUUGUCCAAUCUGCAAGACCGUACAGCGCGAUGUCGCGCAGUUCCAAUCCGAUUUCAGUGGGGCGAAGAAGGAACCUGGAAUUCGUGCCGAGCGUGGCGGAGGACCGGAUUGGAAGAUGUGUCUCGCUAGGGGUGUGAAUGAUACCGGGGGUUUCAUGGUGGUGUCGGUCGAUACAAAGUAUUGGUGUCAGGUUUGGGUCGUUGCUGCUGUGGGGUUGUGUGCUGAUUCACUGAGUUAUGUCUGGGGUGAGACAAGCCCGUUCGCAACCACACGUGCCAAUAUCGAAGCCAACAAGAGGGGUAUCGAUACCGACCAGCUCCCAAAGACGUUUCAGGACGCCAUCCUCAUAGCCAGGGAAAUGGGAAUCGGAUAUCUAUGGAUCGACUCCCUCUGUAUCUGCCAAGACGACUCAGAAGACUGGUCACGCGAAACAUCACGCAUGGCCUCCGUCUACUCAAACGCCUACAUCAUGCUCUCCGCAACCGGUUCUCCCUCCUCCACAUCCGGGUUAUCCAUAUUCUCUCCCAACCGUCCAGCACCGAUCUACUCCCCUUUCGAAUACACAACCACAGAUGGUAUCAAAGGAACUCUCCACGCCUUCUCCUCCUCCCGUGAAACAGCCGCAAAGCCCUCCUGGGCCGGAAACAACGCAAUGCUAAAGACCGAACCACUCAGCCAACGCGGCUGGGCGUUGCAAGAACGCUGGCUCGCACCGCGUGUGCUGCAUUUCGGCACGGAGCAGAUGUUCUUCGAGUGCUACUGUUCUUUCCUGAGCGAGCAGGGUUUCUACCUGCCAGGGCGAGCUGGUCCUGGGCCGCCAUCGACGGGCCGUUCGGCCUCUUCAGCCCGAAUUCAGGUGUAG